AUGCCAAUCCUUCAAUCCCGUUCUAUUCUAGAUGCUUCUGCUUUCACUGAGCUUCAACGCGCCGCUUAUCUUUCGUCUGCUGCCUACAGUGGCUGUAAGGAUACAGCCUUUGAUGUCACCAUCACGAAGCAAAUUCACGACUUUAUCACGGAUACCCAGGGGUACAUUGGAUAUUCCGAAGAAAAAAAGAGGAUUACUGUUGUUAUGAGAGGCUCCACAUCCCCCACGGAUUUUUUCAACGAUCUUGAUACUAUUUUGGUAAAACCUAAUAUCUCUGGAGUGGACUUCCCCCCUGAAGCAAAGAUUAUGUCUGGGAUUAAUAUUCCUUGGUCUGCCGUGCAUGACGAGGUUAUCACCGAAGUAAAGCGACUAGUUGAUCAAUAUCCGGAUUACACACUUGAAUCAACUGGCCAUUCCCUAGGAGGCGCAUUAACAUACAUGUCCUAUAUAGCUCUCGCGCAAAAUUUUCCCGGCAAGGAGCUCACUGGCAACGCUCUGGCAGCCUUUCCGAUUGGAAAUAAGGAAUUUUCUAACUUUGGAGCUUCCCAAAAAGGAACUCUCAACAGGGGUAACAAUGCGCUUGAUGGGGUCCCUAAUAUGUACGUGUUUCCCCUUGGGUAUGCGCACUUUGGUACCGAGUUUUAUGGAUCAGGAACCCCACUGAGCACUUUGAAAUGCAUUGGAGAACGCGACAAGUCUUGCUCGGCAGGGAAUAAAAUGUAUGGUGUGACCCCUCAGCAUGUCUCAAGUUUCGGCGUCCUUGAAAUGAUGGCAGGCUGUGGUCAUUAA